AUGGAUUCUAAACAGGAAGGCGAGUCUGCUGAGCGCAAACCUACUAUCGAAGCUAUCGAGGAUCCGUCCAAGUUUGUUUUCCAAGUAGCUCAUGUAGCAGGCAAGGACCGCGCUGCGGAGCUUCUGGGCAAUACCGCCGAACGUAUCGCUGUUUCGGAGGCAGACAACAGACGAAUCCUUAGGAGAAUCGAUUUUACUCUCCUUCCUAUUAUGCUUGGAGUCUACUUUCUCCAACAACUCGACAAGUCCACGCUUUCCUACGCCUCCGUUUUUGGGUUAAUCACUGAUGCGCACCUUGUGGGCCAAGAUUAUUCCUGGCUCGGCUCUAUAGUUUACAUAGCUCAGCUUGUCGCCCAACCUAUAAUCGCAUACUUCUUAGUCAAGCUUCCCACUGGAAAGUUCGCUGCCUCUAUGGUGCUAAGCUGGGGUAUCGUGUUGAGCUGUAUGGCUGUCACCAAAAAUUUCAAAGGCUUGCUUGCUACCAGGUUUUUCUUGGGCUGCUUCGAAGCGUCAGUUGCUCCAACCUUUGUGGCCAUCACCCAGAUGUGGUGGAGAAGAAGUGAGCAGACGUAUCGAAACGCAGCCUGGUAUUCAAUGAAUGGUAUUACCAAUAUGGUUGGAAGUCUUCUCGCGUAUGGGCUUGGUCAUAUCAACUCCGGCGAAUUGCAUUCGUAUCAGAUUAUAUUCUUAGCUUGUGGGCUUCUAACUGUCGUGUUCUCGAUACUUGUCUUUCUCUUUAUGGCCGACUCCCCAGUCGAUGCCAAGUUCCUCAACGAUCAUGACAAGGUACUUGCUGUUGAACGACUUCGUGACAACCAAAUGGGUGUUGUUUCAACCGAGUGGAAAUGGGACCAUGUGGUUGAAAGUCUACUCGAUAUUAAGACUUGGUGUUGGUUUGCUUUGAUCUUCUCCAUAUCGAUUCCUAGUGGAGGCAUCACGACCUUCGGCCCGCUAAUUGUCAACUCUUUCGGCUUCAAUAAGUUCAGUACCAUCCUUCUUAACAUUCCUUUUGGUGCCGUCCAAAUCGUCGCUACAAUGGGUGGAGCAGCAUUUGCAACUUGGACAAAACGCAAGGGACCAGCCCUCGCAUUGCUCUGUAUUCCACCAAUUGCUGGAUGUGUCAUGUUAUUAGUUCUGGAGCAUACUAAGUCCAAUCGUGGCCCUCUUUUGGUUGGAUACUACUUGAUCUCAUUUUACCCUGGAAUUUCACCACUCAUCUUCUCGUGGUCGUCUCAGAAUACGGCUGGUGAAACAAAGAAGAAGACCACCACUGCUGUCUUAUUCAUAGGCGCUAGUGCAGGCAAUAUCAUUGGACCCCACCUCUACACCACAGCUGAAGCACCUCGCUACAAGCGUGGUCUGGUCUCUAGUCUCGUCCUCUUUAUCAUCCUCAUCAUUCUCGUCGUUCUCACGACACUUCAUCUCAUAUACCUUAACAAUAGGCAUGCUGCCUGCAGAACGGCACUUGGCAAGUCAGCCGUCAUUGUGGAUAGAUCUAUGAUGAAUGCUCAAGAGCGUGCGAUAAGCGAUGAAGCUGAAGAGGGGAGAGAUCCUUCUGGGAGUGACAAAGCGUUUGAUGAUAUCACGGACUUGAAAAACGAGGACUUCAUCUUCGUGUACUAAAGCGGCUGUUUAUUCUGGGUUCAGUCAAAUGUUGAAUCAUACGUACGGUUUGAAUUGGAUAAAAUAUUGGAGCUCGUUGCUCAUUGCUCAGUCCAUGUUUUAUUUCUCCCGCCUGAAGUAAUACUAUUUCUGCUGUAGAAAAAGGUAUCCAGUUUUUCAAGGUAGCACUCUUACAGUCACGGCUCACUCACGAAGCUCUACCUCUUCUCCUCCAUCAAAUUUCUCGUGUACAUCCUCUGGUUCUACCUCCCGCAUUCGUCUUGAACGCGCUGGGGAUAUAAUACGAACCCAACCGCUGGUGUGGCUUACCGUUAUCGGGCUCCUUGGUCAUGCUGUCGCUGUAUAUUCACAUGGCAUUGGCGAGGUACGACACAGGUUACUUGACACUGCCGCUAGCAGUAUUGAGUCAAUUAUCGACGAUGCAGCAACGUAGCUACCAUUGUCUAGAAGAGGGAGAUGAUGAGUCGUCGUGUAGGAAUAGAGGGAAGGAUAAAGCCAGGGGAGAGAUGUUGUGGAUGUGACAUUGGACGUGUCUGCGAUGUCUUAUAUGGGAA